AUGACGAAACAAGAUCAGCCGCCCUUGAUCUUUGUCCUGCAACCAUCCUCCUCCCAAUCACAGAAAGAGAAAGAGCUUCAGGCUGCCGAGCGCAAAGCCCAUGCUGCCAAAGUCGCGCAUGCCAGACGCCGACAUGUGCGCGGAGUCGGUCAAGUCAGGCAAGGCAGAGCGGUUAGGAGGGCUGCUGCCUCAGCCGCAGGUGGUUCAAGAAGGUCGAAUCAGGCUUCAGGUCCCAGGGAAGAUGAUUAUUGGGUGGAUGAGACGUCACAAGAGGAUCUCCCAGCUGCUCUCCUAGUCAUGUCUCAACAUACUCCUGCACCGCCUUCCCAACAUGGCUCUUCUGAUCCGUUCGGCUCGCAGGCCAUUCCCAUCACGCCACGGGUGAACCAAGUCUUGCAAUAUGCGACCCAGACGCUGGCCAGCCUCUUUGCGACGAGCUAUGUCAGGCGGUUGUUUUCCGGCCCGUGGAAAAAAUAUUUCGAUCCCAAGACUGUCGCAAUCCUUCACGAUCUCAGAUCGUUUGCUUGGACCUGGGAAUGGUCGUCAGCCGAGGAAGGCUCGAUCUCCGCCUAUGUCUCCAUGUACGCCACAUCCAUGCAACGAUUCCUACCCAAGCACAUCCAUAAAGAAUACUCGAUGAUGGCCUUCAGCCUCCGGACGCGAAGUCUAGAGGUGUUGCGAAAGAGAAUAAGCGAUCUGGACGGGACUCGCCAGCCAGAUAUGGCGCUGAUCAUGAACGUGAUGCGUCUGUUCCGCAUGGACUCGUUCGCUGGAGACGUCAAAUCGGCGAGGGUGCAUGCGAACAUGAUCCGUGGCUUUGCUGAGGCUGUCCCGAACCUGGAGCAAAAGGGUCACUUCGUCCGCAUGACAGUCUAUAACGACGUCGUCGCCGCGACCAACCAGCUCCGACGGCCAUUGUUAGACUAUGACAAUUGGAUCCAGGCUUUUAUGGACGAGUGCAAACAACAAAUUGCUCACUACCUUCCGCCCGAGCCCCAGAACGGUAAAGAUAUUCACUAUUCUGUCUCGCUGUACAAAUUGCGCACGAUAAUGAAGCGGCUCCAAUGGUAUUUGUCCUUCCCGAGGGAGGCAAAGUUUGCUCCGCGUACGAUAGGGGACGCAGAGAUGAUUCAUCGCUGGAUCAUAUUAGGCGCUCAAAAGAACACGGCAACCCUCUUGCACCUCUACCAAGAAUUGACCGAAGACGAUGAUCCCAUCGUGGAUCUCCAUCUCACAAACGUUGCCUUGACUCUGACGUUGAUCAUGUCCUAUCAAAAGAGCAUGUGGGAGGCUAUAAUCCAAGGCAGUGAUAUCUGCGACUCUAGUCGAGUCAUCAUGCCACGGUUGGAGAGAGUCAUGAGAUCGACCCUCGAGACUUCGACCCUCGAAGAACUGCAUUACUACCGGCAAGCGCAUUUCUGGGUCUUUUUUGUCGGAGCUCAGAUGGAGCAGCACAAGUUGCAGCGGACCCGCCCCGGUUCAUCACCUCAGCAAAGCCAAGCCGCACCGCACUCACUAUGGUUCAGCAAUAUGCUUGUGCAGCAAGCACGUUUUCUGAAUCUGUGGGCAUGGUCCGAUGCACGGGAAUUGGUUCAAAGCUUCGUCUUCAACGAGUUCUGGGAACCAUCCCCGAGUAUUUGGUAUGAAAACCUCGUCCAAAACUUCAGUGACCCAACAGACAGAUCUGUGAUGGGACAUAAUAGCUCGCAAGCAGCGCUGGUGAUCACAAGACCAUUGAACAAUGUUUCCUGGCCGCGCGAACAGCGCCACGUCUGA